CAUAACGUUAAUACUGAAUUAUUACAUUUUGCGAACGGGAUCCUCGGGGUGCCGGUGCGUCCGCUCGUAGACGAAAUCCGCGACCACUGUAACGCUAUCGUUAUAUCCGUUAACUAUGAAGAACACUCUAACUUAUCUUAAUAAUAACCCUUGUCUAGUCCUUGUGGAAAUAAAUGGGCUUAUAUUCCCUACCUAUAUAAUGAUGGCUCAUUCGAAGACAACUCGAUUUUCUAUCUGGUAAUCCUUUCUAGUUUCUACUUCUCAUAUCCCUAGUAGUUGUCGUUUGCUUAAACGAAGCAAUGACCAAAGGCUCUAUUCUAGUUACCGGUGCCAACGGCGGCCUGGGUUCCGCCAUCGUUGACCAGAUCUUACAUCGCCCAUCACUUGCUCAAGAAUAUCAUGGACUAUACACGGUCCGCAAGGUCGAGAACGCCGAUGCUGUGAAAAAGGUACUCCAAAGCGCCGGCAAGGUGAAUCACCAAUAUGACCUCGUCCCCCUCGACUUGGCAAGCCUCGCUAGCGUGCGCCAGACCGCCGCAGACAUCAAUUCGCGAGUUUCGAGCGGCGAGAUACCACCUAUCCGUGCCCUAGUGUUAUCUGCGGCAUACCAGGAGCAUGACCAGCACGACUUCACCAAGGACGGUUUUGACAUGUCCUUCCAAUCUAGUUACCUUUCACAUUUCCUCCUGACGCUCCUAUUACUCCAGAGCAUGGACAAGGAGAAAGGCCGUAUACUCGUACUAGGGAGCUGGGCACAUGACACUACCGAUCCUAGGAACAAAGUGGGACCAUUUGGAGAUGCUUAUGUGCCCGAAGAGUUCCAUCAGAUAUUCAACGACCCCGAAGGCAGCACCGAAGCUAUUGCUAAGGGUAAGUGGGGUGUUCCCGCAGGGCGCACAGAAAAUCCCGUUGCUGGUAUGAGGCGGUACGGAGCUGCGAAGCUAUGUGAGAUUAUGAUGAUGCGUGAAUUAGCACGGCGUAUACCGCAAGACCCAGCCCUCUCCAAAAUCGCGGUGCUAGGCCUUGACCCGGCAGCAAUGAUGAGCGGCAUAGCGCGGCGUAGCAGCUGGCUGGUGCGAGUUCUCAUCAUGCAGUGUAUAGGCCCGCUGAUCGCGCCGAUUGUGACGUGGCUAAGCCCCAACGGCAAUCUACGGACGACGUGGAAGUCGGCCGGAGAUGUGAUACACGCGUGCUUCGAUACAGACGGCGGUCUUGGCGAGUACCCGAACGGGAUCUACCUUAACGGCACGGCCAUCUCGGACGUCGGGCCGGAGGCUAAAGACGAGACUAAGUGCCGCCGGCUAUGGCGCGAUAGCUUGGAGUAUGCGAAUAUUAAGGAGGGCGAUACUGUGCUGGCAGAUUGGCGAUGAGAUGUGGACCGAUAGUUUAUGUAUGUAGAAUACCCUGUUUUUCAUUGUGUCGUUUUCUAUAAAACCCUAGGUUAGAUUGAAGUAACUUAUUGAAGUAACUUCUUAGGGCCGAGUGUAUAUG